CUCGCAUUUUUACGCACGCAAAUCUCUUCCUAAUUUCUUGUGUUUUACAUAUAUAAAUUCUCUCGAGUAGUAUCUAGUCUCAAGUUCAGAGUAAAUCAUGGGAGUAGUAACCAGAACUGCGGAGGCACGUUCGUCAAAAAUGACAGCAGCUCAGCUGUACAAAAACAUGUUCAUUGACAUGGAUAAAGUCAUGCCCAAAAUUUUACCCCAGAUCUUCAAGUCCGUUCGACUCGUCGAAGGUGACGGCGGUGUUGGAACUGUCAAGGAAAUCACUUACGGUGAAGCUGUGAAGGCGACGACUAUGAUCCAGAAACUAGUUGAAAUGGAUCCAGAAGCAAUGACAUACACCAAAGUGAUCAUCGGAGGUGACGUGUUGAUGGGGACACUCGAAUCAGUCGCUUAUCAUUCGGUAGUUGAGUCGAGUGAUUCGGGAGAGUGUGUUGUCAAGUUGACUGUUGUGUGUACACCGCUUCCUGGUCAAGAGGUAUCGGAAGACUACAUUAAGGAUUCCAUUGCUCAGUCGUAUCAGACAUUCUAUGCUGUCGAAGAGCACGUUCAAGCCACUUGUUAAUCAACUAAGGGGGUGUUUGGUUCAUGGUUAACGAGGCCGGUUAACGGGAAUUGGAACCUUAUACCCAUACAUGAUGUUUGGAUUAGCAAAAUUUUUGUGUGGAAUGGGAACCUCAUUCCUUCUUGGUGGGUAACCCACUCCUUCCUCACCCCUUGGGUUACCCAUUCCCAUACCCCCAUUCCCAUACCCCUCAUUCCCAUUCCGCAUUCCCAUUCCCACCAACCAUCCAAACACCCCCCAAAAUCAUUGUCUGUACUUUGCUUUAAUAACCAGUUUCUAACUGGGAGUGUUUGCUGCGUACUAUUUAUUUGUUUGAGUGUGUUUACUGCAUGUAAUAUUGUAAUGUAUGAAGUUAUGAACCCUGUAAUGAUUUUUCCUUCUCUCAGACUGUUAGAUCUGUAAUGUGUGAAUUUUGCAUGAUGUGUAAUGGUAUGGCAAGUUGGCAACUCAAUUAUUGUC